AGGUGGAGUCUGUUUCGAAAUGUUGCUUCAAGCGUUUUCUGUAAUUCUUGGCGUAGUGAGUGUUCUUGGUGCACCUCCAAGCAUUCUCACGGCAAGUGAAAGGGUUGUUAAUGGAACAGACGCUGAUGCUGGCCAAUUUCCUUUCAUAGCUUCUCUACAGUACCGUGGGCGUCACAGCUGUGGAUCUUCCAUUGUAAAUAAAUGCUACGUUGUCACAGCUUCUCACUGCGUUGAUGGAACAACACCGGAGGACAUCUCAGUGCUUGUUGGAACUGUUACCCUGAACGAAGGAGGAGUCACACACGCUGCAGAGGCCAUCAAAAUGCAUGCCGGGUACAAUCCGAAUAACAUGUACAAAGAUGACAUUGCUCUUGUUAAGGUAAGAAGGUUCCGAGUAACCGGCGGUUCUGUCAUGCAACACCUGCAGAAAGUAAAUAUAACAGUGUACAGUGACGCCGACUGCCAGUCCGUUCACGACAACACUGUUCACGACACCAACAUCUGCGCAGGAGUUCCCGAGGGAGGCAAAGGUCAAUGCAGUGGCGAUUCUGGUGGUCCACUUAUUGCCAACGGUCACCAGGUCGGCAUCGUUUCCUGGUCCGUGAAACCUUGCACCGUCGCUCCUUAUCCCGGAGUGUACACGGAGAUAGCCCACUACGUGGACUGGAUCAGAGAAAACACCGAUGAUGCAUGUUAAGACAACGUAACAAAACAAACGAUCAGCAGUUACCCAGAACUCUUCCCUCUUCACCUUCCCGAAAGCUGUAUCGAAUGUCACAAUAAAUAAUAGACUUAUGUCAACUUAAA